AUGGCUUUUGAGCGAGAAACAAAGUUUCCUUUGAAACUUUUCGUGGACAAAGAAAGAAAUCAUGUAGUUAUGGCAGAAGCAGGUGGAGACUUGAUAGGCAUUUUGUUUGGUUUGCUCAAACUUCCAUUGGGAACUAUCAUGUGUCUGCAACGUAAGAGCAUGAAGAGUAUUGCCGCUGAUGAAAAUCUCGAUGAUCAACCAAAUAAGAUAGGUUCAAUUAGAGAGAUCGGUUGCAUCAACAAUCUGUACCAGAGCGUGAUAAAUCUUGAUGCUGAUGUUUUCUUUGCUGCAAGGUUUAAAAAUAGGUUCCUUUUUCCGUGCAACCCUAGCGAAGACCUUUGCCAGAAACUGAGAUUGAUUGUGAAUGAUCAAGAGCUUAAAAGAGAGCACCUCAGCUGUAGGCACUCUGAGGAAACCCGUAUGAAUACUGGUUUUAUUAACGAGAAAAGCAUGUACUUAAUUUUUAAUGAUUUAAAGGUGCUUCAAAGUUCUCCCAACAACUGUGUGGACCAACUUGUCCAACUUGGCUACAAAAACUUCAAUGAGCUGACUGAAAUGUCCAUAAAUGUUGGCUUGAAGGAGAUGUUGGACAUAGUAAAUCAAGCAUUAUUCUCGGAAUCCCCUCUCAACGAUUUAUUUUUGAUGAAUGGAGAAUCUAAGCAAACAUACGUUCACUCGCCAAAAAUAAAGCAAAAAAUCAAAUCUGAAUUUGAGGGCAGGCAUUUUAACUGUGUUAUGAACCUCGCUGUAAUGGUGAGAAAGUCAAAGAACGAGAUCCUGUAUGCUGAGGCUGAGCAUGACUUUGUUGAUUUUUUAUGUAGGGUUCUCACAACACCUUAUGCAUCUAUUCUAGAGCUAUUUGGUAAGAAAUUUGUUUACCAAAGUGUGAAUGAGCUCAAUUCAUUGGGGUUCACAAGGCCUUCACGCACUCCCUUUGCUUGUAUAAGAGAUCUAAUAAUAUCCUCUAAUAAUAUUGGUGGAUUUGUGAGGAGUUCAUCACUAUUUACGGUAUGGAAUGAUCUGCAAGUGACACCAUGUGGAAAUACUUCUGGCAUUUCCUUUCUUCAAAAGCUGAAUGUACCAUUGGAUGAUCUGCAGAAACAUGUGGUGAGCAUUGGGGAGACAGAGGCACUAAACUUGUUGUGGGCUUCUUUGACUACCAAAGAAGCUUUGAGCCAAGGCCUGUCUUACCUUUGGAAGAAACCAGAGGAGGAAACUAAAGCUGGUAACCUCAGGUUUGAGUGA